CUAGACAUCAGGAAUAUCUUGAGGAGAAUUUACUAAAAAAUAAAGCUAAAAAAUUUUUACAAUGUAACAAACAUAAAAUUGAGCUUGAUAUUUCAGUAAAUAAUUCUGAUUUAUCUGGUAAAUUUUAUAAAGUUGUCUCUUCGAUAUUUUAUGAAUAUCGACAUUUGCAAAUCAAAGAUAAUCUUUUGGCGAAGUACAAAAAAAUUAAAGAAGAAAUUUUUAAUUCUACUACCAAUGAAUAUGUGAUAAACCUUUCACUUAAUUAUA